UAGAAACCGGAGCCGGAUGUGACGUUUGACCCACAGCUCCGGGACCGCGUUGGAUGACUGGUUGAUACAGAGAUGAGCGGUGAGAACGUGAAGUUGUUUGUGGGAAACCUUCCUUUGGAUGCAACUCACGACGAGCUGACCAAGCUGUUUGCUCCGUAUGGAGAGAUCAACACCUGCUCUCUGCUCCGACAGUACGCCUUCGUGACCCUGAGGGGAGAGGGGGCUGCAGACAGGGCCAUACGGCAUCUGGAUGGCAAAGAGUACAGAGGCCGGCCCCUGGUGGUCGAGGAGUCGCGUGCACGCCCGCCCAACUCCACUAAAGUGUUCGUGGGGAACCUCAGCGCAACGUGUUCAGCAGACGACUUGCACGGGCUGUUCUCGACCUUCGGAAGAGUUUUAGACUGCGAUAAAGUCAAAGCCAGAUUAUGCUCAAAUGUUGGCUAUGCGUUUGUGCAUAUGGAGAGGAAGGAGGAGGCCCUGGCAGCCAUUGAGGCACUCAACGGGACCAUGUACAAGGGCCGUCAGCUGGCUGUCGAGCUGUCCAAAGCCCAACCUUUGAUCAACCAGAUUGGAUCAGCUGGAAAUUCAGGCAACCCCGGUGGCAGGGAGGGUCUUCUUCCGAGACCACCUCCGUCACUAGAGCAUCACCAGAGUCAAGCAGCUGUGCUCGCAGCGGCUGCAGCGGCUGCAGCUGGACUACCUAUACAAGUUCAACAAAGUGUCCAUAACUCGUUCUACAACACCACGUCCUUUGACCCCACCUACGCUGCUCUAAAGGGCAUUACAAGUGCUAAAGGUGCAGAUGGGGUGAUAUACGGCGCUCUUGCCAGCCAGGUGUAUGGAGCCGUUGCUGACCAGGUGUACCAAGAUAUCGCCAAUCACAACCCUGGAUCCAGCGCCAUUGUUGAAGAAGUAGAGCCGCCGUCUGGACCAGAUCCAACAACGCUUUUCGAGGCAGCAAGAGCCAAGUUCUUUCAGGAGGGACAGAAGGUUCUGGCAGAGCAGCAGGCAGGGAGAAAGGCAGCAUCUUCAGAUAAUGAGCGGGACCGCAGCCCAAUCAGAGGAAAUCGAGCCCCCCUCCUGCCCGACCCCGUUCCGGGUUCCUUCGCUCAGAUUCGACCCAAACGCCGCGCCCUGCUGCCGACACCACCUGGAGGACCCGAAGAGCCCCCAGCUGCACCCACCACUCCUGAAGGGUCAGAUCCUGUUGCUAGGUCUUACACAGAGUACUACCAGCAAAUGCAUCAAUAUCAGCAGUACCAGCAACAAUACCAGCAACAGUACCAGUACCUCCAGUAUGCUUACACCAAUCCCCCUCCUCCUCCGCCGCCUCCACCAGCCACCACACAGGCCUCCACCACAGCCACUGCACCCCCAGGGACAUACUCGGCACCCCCGACCUAUGCCGCAUCGGGAGCCUAUGCAGCACCGGGAACGUAUGACACUUCGGGAAGUUACGACGCCUCGUCGGGGGGCUACAACGCUUCAUCUGGGAACUACGAUGCCUCGUCUGGAAGCUAUGACGCAUCUGGAGGCUACGGGGCACCGGGAGCAUAUGACUCAUCAGGAGCUUACGCAGCAGUGGGAAGCUACUCCACAUCCACACCGUAUGAGCAGACACCCGCACACGGGCAACCCAUGCCCCAGCGCCAUGAUUACCCUUACCACACGCCAGAACCCCCAUAUCGAUAGUCCCACCCCCAAACACUCCUUCCACACUGCAGGUGUGUGUGUGUGUGUGUGUGUGUGUGUGAGAGAGAGAGAGAGAGUGCGCGCAUGAAUAUUUACAUAAGGGACAGUUUAAAGAGGAAAAUCAGAAAGGGAGAACGGUUGAAAUUCGAAUGUGCUUUAAAUCUGAAGCGUCUCCCCAUUUCUCCACCUUAACCUAGUCUCUAGUUUGUCGGUUAAGUUAAGUGGGUGAUAGAAGAUUAACGAGGUCUUUGGACAAGUUAAUAUUGGGAUAUUGUCAUUCACAGUUUCUGUUGGGUGUUACAGGGGCACAGCUGGUUGCUUGUUGAAUGUUAAACAAGCUGAAAUGUGUCUUGGGGCGAAGUUGGACUCAGAGACCAGGGUAGGCUCUCAGAGGAGAAGCCUUUUUGUUUUGUACCGGAUCAAGGCCUUUUAUAUACUCUACAAAAAAUGUGCAUCGCAAAAUUUGAUGACAAUAAUUCACAAACGGCACAACCACACAUUUUUAGGUAGGACACAAAAUGAAAGACACUGCUAAAUUAUUAAAUAACGAUAAAAACAAAAACCAUUUGGUGCUCUGACAAAAAUGGAAAAUUAUCCAUCUGGCAUGUUUCUUCUACCUUUCAGUGACAGCGCUUCAGCUCAUGAUGAUUUUAAAAUAUAGAUCCAAACCCACACAUUAGUGUUAGAGCAGGAACACCCUGUGUGGAGUACGUAACAGGCCUCGGCUUGAGUUCAGCUGCAUUUGACCCUUAUGUAACAGCCAGCCUGUUCGUCCAGACAUUUAACUACCCAAUAGUACGUGUCGGCUAGAAGAGAAAGCAGGACGGAAGUGAAAUUGUGUUUGAGCGUCACAUCAGCCGGGUUUUGUUGCCUUGACUGAAGAACUGUUUUGUAAAAAUGGAGAAUGUUUGUUAAUUGACCAGAUUGUCUUUGGAUUCCCAGAUCUGACAGGCUUAGUGCUUCUCAAACCAUUCAGGUUCAGUGUAUUCACGUGAGUUUUGAACCUCUCAGUUUUGGGUUAAAGCUUGUGGCUUUGGUUAUGUUGCAGCCCCACUAACUCUAGUAUAGCGUACCUGUUGUUUUCAGGGUGUGAAGAGUGACGACAGAGAACAUUUGUAGUCCACUCAGGACUUCCUGUUUAAUGUUUAAGUUUGUUAAUGUAUGAUGGAUAUUACCAGUCUGUGAUUGUGUGCUUGCAGUUUCAAAGUUCAGAGGGAGAGCAGAGUGUGAACUUUUGACACGACUGUGAGAACAACAGGGUCAAAAUACAGCGCGGAUGUCCAAACGUUUUCAGCAUCUAAAUUGAAGUGUACGACUUUCUUGGGAGCCAUAAUUUACAUUUCUCGUGUUUUCUUGCUUAGCCCGGGCUCUCUGUGUGUCUUGAGGUUUACACAAACAAAUCAAAAUGAAGCAAACAAGUCCCACUCUCCGGAGUUAAAUAUGUCCUGUCAGAGAUUUUGGUUAAAGGUCUGUGUUUGCCUCUAAAACAUCAGAACAGAAGUAAUUCACCCAUCUUUCUUUAUUUCUAUCUCAGUUUUGUGUUGAAUUGCUACCAGAGCAUCUCAUGCAUUCACAUAUUCCUCUACUUCUAGGGUAAUUCUCAGUUGAUCCAAGGUUACAAAGACUACAAAAGUAGAGUUGUGUUUGUGCUGGUUUUGUAUAUACUUGAAUUUAUAAAAGUCAGAGGAAUGGCAGCAAGCAUUGUUUGGCCGAUGAUGUUAAAAACAGGAGCGAUACAGAUGCUAUCAUUAGCUUUUGUUCCAGUCCUAUCAGCUGCUGUCGGACUUGUGCUCCCAUUGGAAACCAUUGGGGAUUUUGGAGGGAAAGUUGAGCUAGUUUUCAUACCAGAAAAUGUACAAAUUGGUACUCGUGUAAAUACAUAAACCUUAUUUUAAACUGAAAAAGUAAUGCCAACCAACAUUUGGUUGAACGGUAAGAAUACGGGCUGUUAAUAUUGAGAUGAAGUGAUUGUAUUUCUUCCCAAACAGUCGGAGAUACAUAGUGAAUAGACGAGAAGAAGUAGGACAGUUGAGUUGUACCGGCGUGGAAGGGAUCACCGUAGUAGUAUGUGGUAGGUGUGUAAAAUCUGACGUUAAAUACAAUUUGAAAUGGGGGGGAGUGAUUUACCAGUUGAGCAGAGAGCAGGUACACGUGUUUAUUUGUCCUGAAUGCAGUGGAGUGGUGUGUUGCUGGUGUGUGCAGCGUAGGGUUAACGACUGAGUGGGUCUGAGGUGACGGUUGUUUUGGAUUUUAGCAAAGGCCGCUGAUUUUCCCGAGCAGCAGUAAGAAGGGCAGAUGACCUUUCCUUUUCCCUCUUCUGAUCUCACCAGAAACCCACACACACACACACACACACACACCAUUUUCACACAGGAUUACUGGCUUUAUC